AUGUCAGAAGGUGUUUCGAUGGAUAUAACGACAGAAGAGGAAAACACUUUUCUUUUUCAUUACCAGCUAAGAAUGCUCAGCACUUGUGAUAAGAUGAACAUUCCUAUCCAGGUACAGAGUACUGUAAUAACGUAUUUUAAGAUAUUAUUUACAAAGAGACGAGUUUUUCACUAUGAUAUGAAGAAUCUUAUUAUGGCAUGCAUUCUUUUGGGAAUGAAAGUAGAAAAUAUUUACAUAACAGCUACACAGAUAAAGGAAAUGUUUAGCUUUGUUGACACACAAUUACUGGCAGAGUAUGAAUUAGAGAUAUGCAAUGCACUAAAAUUCAAUUUAUAUGUACCGUCUCCGCAUUUAAGACUUCUUGCACUGUUUCUUUUGCUUAGGAAUAGAGAAAGCAUAAAUGCAGUGAUUGAUGAAUCUGUGCAAACACAAGAAAUAACUUCUCCAGAUGUUCACUUAAAUUGGGAAACAUCAAUUGAAAAUCUUAAAACAAUUAUGCUAUUGGAUAAUUAUCACACACUAGAUCUUACACAAGUGGCAAUUGCCUCCCUCCCCGUGUCUCCCUCUCUACUGCAGGGAUUCUUUAUGGAAGAUACAUUAAAUGCGGUCGUAGAAAUAAAAAAGCAAAUGAAGCGAAAAGACCUGCCCACACAGACAGAAAUCAACAAGAUUGACCAGAAAAUUAAAACAAUCCAAGCACGUUAUAAAGUAGACCAAGCACAUGCUAAUUGAUUUAUUCAAUGAGUUUUAACAGUUCUCUUUUAUAUUUAGUUGGGUCUUCAUCCCAACUAACCUCUUUUCCAUCGUAUGAUAAUUUUCCAUUACAUCCCUUCUCCUUGAAAUAUUCCUGGAGCGGCUGGAAGGUGGUACACCCUCCCAUUUUAACAAUAAUGUUUUUGUUUCCGACUGUUAACUUAAAGAGAACAGAAUCUGUUCCUAAUUCAAUUACAGA